AUGAAAAUUCAAAAGGACUUAGCCACUGCUCAAAUCGAUACAUUUAAAAAUGCUCUUGACAAAGCUCAACGAGUAGAGCAGGCCCGACUUCAAGUUCGGACCUUUCAAGCCAAGAAACGUGGUGCAUCUAGUAGUGCUCCUGGGCGAGAUGAUCAGAAUGUACCACAUCCUAAGUUUGGAAGAGGUGCGGGUGGAGUCCGAAUUGCUGGGACACCGAGAGGAGGAGCUUCAUCCAGAGGGGUUCAAAGUGGAAAAGGACAAGGACAACAUAGGACUAUAUCUCAAGGAGUUCCUACACCCACUCCUCGCGCAAGCUGUGGAUAUUGUGGUAGGGCAAACCACAUCGAGGACGCUUGCUGGCGAAAAUUGAAGAAAUGUUUCCGUUGUGGAAGUUUCAAACAUCAGAUCGCCACUUUUCUUGUUAAGAACCGUGAAGGAAACGAGGGUGCACAGCCGGAGAAGUCAAACCCUAAGCAACCAACUGCUAGUGGGAGUAGACCAAAAUCCUCUACUAGGGUUUUUGCCUUGGACUAUCAGCGAGCCUCUGAGUCCUCUAAGGUAGUAGAAGGUAUAAUUCCCGUAUUCCACCGCUUAGUUAAACUUUUAAUUGACCCUGGAGCAACCCAUUCACUUGUGAAUCCUGCCUUUAUGUGUGGUAUUGAUGUGAAUCCUGUUAAAUUGCCCUUUGACUUCGAAGUUAAAGCACCUACCGGGGAUCAAAGCCUAAUUACCAAUAUGAUUCAUAAAAUUUGUGAGAUUUGGAUAGGAGAACGGAAGUUGAUGGGAGACUUGAUAAGUUUAGACCUUAAGGGAUAUGACGUGAUUAUAGGUAUGGAUUGGUUGGCCCGUUAUAAUGCUCAGUUGAACUGUAAAACUAAAGUGGUGGAAUUCUCGAUACCUGGAGAGGCAACUCUAAAGUUGGAUGUGAGGGAUAGGUUAACCUCGUCUGCACUUGUUUCGGGAAUUUGA